UGCCAGGCUGCCACAGAAAUCUCAGUCUCAUCUGACGCACAAGUUCAGACAGAAGUUAAGGUGUGGCACGAGUCAUGACGAGGGUGACUAUCUGUGCUGUCCAGGUGUCACGGGGAGAACUUUGUGGAACUUUUCCUCAAGUCUGUCUUCGUUUUCGGAGCCCUUUCAGUUAAUGUUUGCGCUCAUAGUGUAUAGCCUGUUAAUGUUGUAGCAGGAGGGGGUUCUGAGUCCGUGAGCUAAAUCUUGAGACAGCAGCAGAAGCGUUGGCAGAUCGCUUUCUUUGGGAACAUCAAAAUCGACAUUACUGAAACUUCGGUUCAUUCACAUGUUGCUCCUCGGAUCUGGAGAGACCUAACGAUCUAACAUGGAGAAUGCUCAGUAACUGCUAGACGAACAGCACUUCCUUUUUUUGCCCCUCUUCAUUGCUUCCUAUACAGAUAAAAUGCGUAGAUUCAGCUCUGAAGGAUCCCUCCUGGAUCUUGACUUCCUCCCGUGGAAGAAGGUUGCACUGAGGAACCCAGAUUAUGGGAAGAAUCGCAAAUCUGCCACCAACAUACCUCACAUUGAACAUGAUGAGCUGGAUGGGAGUUCAGCCUGUCCUACUAAUCAGGAGGCCAGAUUGAGCGUUGACAAGGCAGGGAAGAGGGAGUUGACCAAGGAGCACAGUGUUAGUGUAGAGAACCUGAGUGAGCUGGGGAAACUGAACAAGAACCACCUUGGAGUGUGUGCCAUCAGUGAAGGCUGCAGGGCCUACAGUGACAGCCAGCUGGCACCGGCUGCCCAGGGCAGCACAGACAGCGUGGAGAGAGAUGACCUGCCUUCCCUGUCCCCCUCAUCCACUGCCACCGCCUUCCUCUUCAAAUCAACACACAAGCACCACCAUAUACCCAAACUGUUAUCUGCUAAACUGCACCUCAAGAGUCUGUUUGGUCAGAGUCCUCAUUGCUCAAAUUCCAACCUGUUCAACACCGAACAAAAAGACAGUGCUUCAGAGAGGAGGUCUCGUCUGCACUUCAUGCGUCAGUGGAGUGAGGUGAGCCACAAUAAAAGGAAGAUUGGUCGAGAAGAACUGGAGAAAUGGGCCAAGUCCCUGAAUACCCUGCUGGCCAGCCAAACUGGUGUUUCAGUGUUUGGAGCAUUCUUGCGGUCUGAGUUCAGCGAGGAGAAUCUGCAGUUCUAUCUGGCCUGUGAGCAGUACAGACACUCGUCCAACAACUUUAGCCUGCAUAGGAGGGCGAAGCACAUCUGCGCCACCUAUCUCCAACCCGGUGCCCCCCGAGAGGUGAACCUGGACAGCAAAACCAGGGAAAUGACCAUCCAGCUGCUGCAGGCUCCCUCUCACACCUGUCUGUCCCACGCACAGAAACGCAUCUACUCGCUCCUGGACACAGACUGUUAUCCCCGCUUCCUGCAGUCCAACAUCUACCUCUCCUUACUGCAACAGGCUGAUUAGAAGCCACAUGAUGACACACCUGGAUUUAGUAGGAGAACAGGGGCUCAUUAGUUUCCAGGACUUGCUAAACACUGUAGACCAUAAAGCUAAAAGAUAGAGCAGCUGGGUAGGAAGUUUGUAUGAAAAAUAUACAGAAUCUGGAGCAAAUGUCGAUGUCCAUUGGAAGCUGUAUGUAGGAAUUUAAUUUCAAUUAAAUUAAUAGUUCAGUACUUUGGGAUAUACACUGUCUUUCAGAGUGGGAUGUUAAGAUUAACAUCAAUGUCUUAUGUGUGUGCUACCCCCUGCUUCCAGUUAUUAUGCUAAAAUGACUCUGUACUCAACAAACAGAUCUUUUAAUCACAUAUUUGAAAAACCAAAUGUUUCCCAAAAUGUUAAACUAUGACUAAACUACUUUUAUUUCUUAUUGGCUUUGAGCUGCAGCAGUAGCUACGUUGAACCUGAGAAUUUGGGGAAAAACUCAGAUGGGACAGUUUACUUUCCCUUGUUUCUCUCUCUAGUUGUCCUGUGAAAUUAUGCAGCUCUUGGUUUAAUCUUUAAACAUCCGGUACGGAUGUCCCCAUGGUCCAGUAACUCAGUCCAUGGUUUUUUGUUUUGUUUUUUUUUUCUGCUGACAGGGAAAGGAGAAACAAGUUCAGCAAGAAUGAGCUCUUUGCUAAAUGGUCUUAAUACUAAAUAACUUACUUAUAUGGCAACCCUGAGUAACCUGAAUGACUUCACGGGUACAUGAAUGCAUAUCUAGAGGUAAGUUGAGUUCAGUCUGCCUCUAAAUACAACAAUGACUGUCUUCCUUGUUGCAUACAAUAGCAUAACAGAAAUUUAAAUAGGUUUAAUGGGUAGAUGGAUUUGCAUUUCCUUGAAUGUUGACCCUGUAAUAUCUGAAAGCCACAUCCUUGAAAGCUGAGUCCUUCAAAAUCAAGGAAUGUGGAACUCAUGAUCGUAUAAAGGUUAUUAUUAGGCUGCUGCACGGCUUGGGAGCACUUUGUAAAACCACUGUUGAUAAACACAGUUUGUUGGCAAAUAAUUGCAUUGUUUUUCUUUGUGUUUUAAACAGCUUUUUUGGAAAAUAAAUAAAAGAAACAGUUCAUAACAUAAAUGUAUGUCAGGUUUAAGAGGUUUAAUGAGAAAUAAGUAAAAUCCUUAAUUUGGUAUAGGAUGUCUGUUGAUUUUUCACUGGUUACGCGGAGAUGGAGAUAAGCUUCAGCAGUAGAUUUAGUGCCUAAGUUAUCUUAUGCAUGGAGGGUGGACAACCCCUGCUCUUGCAGAUAUUGCUGGGAUACUAAGCCAGCAGACUUAAAAGUCCACUGGCAAAAUCCAUUUAUUUAAACUGAAGACUUCUUUUCACUGUCUUUUUUACUGUACAGUGUCUCUGUCAGUUUUACAGGCUAUCAGGCUGGAACAGGAAUCUACCGGUAUUUUGAUGUGUUGUUUAGCUAACAUGUCAUGUGAUUUCAAGGUAAAUUGAAGUUACUUUAAUGUUAGAUUUAUAACGGACUGGAGCCUCUUAUGCGUAUGUGAUUUAAAAACAAACUGAUAAUAUUGAAUACUGAAUAUACUAUGUAAAUAACCCCCAUGAAAGGUUUAUUAUUUUAGGUUAAUUGCCUGAUUAAUAUUUCUGAAAUAUGUAUUUUUAUUAGUUGUAAUUUAACAAAGUACAGCGGCCUUAUGCCAUCCUAUGCACUAAUGUAGAAAGGGAAGGCUUUUGUUUUGGUAAAGGUCAACUAUAGUUGUUUACAUUUCCUGCCUAUGGCUUUGCCAGUAAGGCUGCAGCGCCCAGCCUUACGAACGCUUAAUGUUUAAGUUUUAAUGAGUUUAAUGGACCCGUAAUGAGGCACAAGCUCUUAAGGUGGUCGUGGUUUGUGUGUUUAUUCAAUGUAUACUAUGUUAAAGGAAGAAAAUAAACUGUAAACUUCACCAGCAAUCAAGAUCAUUGCCAUCACAUGGACACUAUAUGAGUUCAUUAUUAGCUAACGUUAUGUGAGGUAAACUACAGUUUUUCAUAUGUCACCAUGUGUUAAGUCGACAAACAGGAUUUCAGACCAAAUGGAGAUUUUUUUUUUUAUCACAACAGAGAUUGUCAUUCACAAUUAAAAUGGAAUAUGGAAUGUGAGUGACACCAAUGCGUUUCAUGUGCUACAGAAGAUUCCAAUUGUCUCGUGUGGUAACAUCAUGUUUUAUAAAAUAUGCCAAUGCUAGCAACCAAGCAAACAAUUUUACGUUCAGGAAACGUUCCACGAACGUGGCCUGAAGGGUGGGGGUAAACGUUUUCUGCGUUCCCCAAACGUAUGAUAUUUUCAGUGAACAAUGAACAUUCCGCGAACAUUCCCCGAAUCAUAUCUUACUGGCUUCAUCUGUGACAAGUGUCUAUACCUGUCCCAGCUUCCCGUUCAUUACUUGUCUUCCUCCACCCGCUAUCUUCAGCAAUCACACUUUUCAACCAAUAACCCAACACCGUACUGCAAAGAUUCACGCACCUUAACACGAUCAUAUGAGUAACCAGAAUAAUAGACAAAGAGUCGUAAAUAAAUGAAAAACAAUAAAAAUAAAUAAAUAGUAAAAGUAAUGUGAAUUAAUUGAAAUAAUGUGAUAGUUAAAAACAACGAUCAUAACUGAGUAGCAUACUUAUGAAUGAUUGGUUUCACACAUUACACUGAAAACAUAGGGCGGCCCUCUGACAACACAGAUCUUAAUAAAUACUGCCUGGCUGUUGUCUACAUUUUCAUCAGCUAUCUUAACCGUCUGUCUAUAAAGGAGGUGACAGUAAAUACUGUACAUAUAUAUAUAUAUACAUACAUACAUAUAUAUAAAACACAGUGACGACACUAAAGUGAACCAGUAAUUAUGUUUUGAAUGUAAUGCACAGAGCAUCUACUGUUUUGAUGACAUAAAACUGAAAUGAAAUCACUAAUUAAGAGGCUCUUGAGCCACAACCUUCCUCCUACUUUGUGAAUGUUGUUUUUAAGGGUGAUUUCCAAAGGUUUACUUGUUUCAAAAACAUAAUAAUAUAUAUAAUAUAUAUUGGAACUCAAAUUUUUAAAAUAUAUUCUACAUUAAUUUGAAGUUGAUAUAUUUGUAGUGUAGUGUCUGGAGAUUAGUAUGAUUAAUGUCAUCCUAGGAUCUGUUGAUUAGUACCAUUGAUGUCUUCCUGAGCUCUGGUGAUUAGUAGGAAUGAUGGUUUCCUGGGGUCCUUCAGUGAUUAUGACCCCAGCCCUAAAGGCAUAUGGUACAUGGGAAGAUGGUCUUUCUCCCCCCUUUCUUGGUGUCUUGGAAAGGUCACUGGUUAAUUUCUAGAUGUAUGCUUCUUGUAAUAAACGUUUUAUACAAGUAA